AUGUGCUGCUUUUGUUUUUCUAGAGAUGAUACUCCUCAUGUCCCGAAUGAGAAGCUUGGAGAAGAAAAGGUUCUGCACAUAAUAGAAAAUCUGACUUCUCUGAUAAAAGAGACAUUUCCAGAUACUAAAGUCUACGCGGCGAUGGGCAAUCAUGAUUUCCACCCCAAAAAUCAGUUUCCAGGGAAGGAGCACAGGAUCUAUAACCGAACAGCUGAACUGUGGCAUCCCUGGCUGAAUAAUGCUUCCGUUCCUCUUUUCAGAGCAGGAGCUUUCUACACUGAGAAGCUGCCCAGCCCAAGUUCAAGGGGACGAAUGGUUGUCCUCAAUACCAAUCUGUACUAUGACCAGAAUGACGAGACAGCUGGUGAGGAAGAUCCUGGAGGGCAGUUCCAGUGGCUGGAAGAAACACUGAUCAAUGCCUCUCGAGCAGAUGAAAUGGUCUACAUCGUGGGGCACAUCCCUCCAGGCUUCUUUGAGAAGAAACGAGGCAAGCCCUGGUUCCGGAGUGGCUUUAAUGAACGAUACUUGAAAAUCGUGCAGAAGCACCACAGAGUGAUUGCUGCCCAGUUUUUUGGGCACCAUCACACGGACAGCUUUCGAAUGUUUUACAGCGGUACAGGUUCUCCAAUCAAUGUCAUGUUCCUGGCCCCUGGAGUGACUCCCUGGAAAACAACAUUACCUGGAGUGAACAAUGGAGCCAACAACCCUGGGAUUCGGGUGAUCGACUAUGAUCCAGACACCCUUCAAGUGUUGGAUAUGGUUACUUACUACUUGAACCUAACUCAUGCCAACAUCAUGGCCUCAACAUGGGAGGGAGAGUUCCCGACAUGGGAGGAGGAGUAUAGGCUGACAAAAGCCUUCCAAGUCCCGGAUGGCUCUGUACGCUCCAUGCAAACAGUGCUGGAGAGGAUAUCCAAGGAUCCGCACUAUCUGCAGCAGUACUACGAGUUUAACUCUGUCAGAUAUGACCUCACCCUGUGCGAGGAGGCCUGCCGUGUUGAUCAUGUUUGUGCCAUCAGGGAAGUCGAUUUUACAAAAUACAAUGAGUGUGUUAAAACCAGCAGCUCGGCCUCUGCCAUCACCAGU